AUGUCAGACUUGCUAGCAGACUCAACAUACUCUCCACCCCGAGGAGAGCCCGAUCCUUACCUGGUGAGCUCCUCGCCAGGGGACCGCGAAGGACUGCACGACGCAGCCGUCAAAGGGCAAUUCGAAGAGUUCCGACCCGCCGCAAAUAACAAGACAUGGAUCAUCAGCGAGAGGUACUGCCGCAUCGGGGACUCGGUCGAUUCCUUCGAGCCCAUCCUGCACAACCUCUGGUAUCUCUACUACCAAGGGGGCCGGUACAUGUCCCAUGAAAGCACGGAACAUGACCGACUGGUGCUGGACGUGGUACGCACGCGUGGACUCGGCCCCCUGACCAGGCCUGCGCCCAGCGGCUGUGGCAUUGACAUCGCCCGGACCCCCGCAGGGGCGUUGUGGAAUGAUCUACCCUAUUUGUUGGCGUCGACGCGAGUGGACGGGGAUCGCCUGUGCCAGAUCGCUCUAGUGCUCUUCCGCGAUGCUCUGGAGACGGAGCGCGAGUUCGGUACUGCUAAAGCGCUUGCAGACGCCGACCCGCGGCGCACGAUGCUUGAUCUUUCGAUCGCGGCCUUGCUCCCUGCCGUCUGUACGUGGCUCAAUGAAGCGGGACGCAAUCUGCUUCUGCUCUCGGACGCGUCCUGGAAUAGUUGCCCUGCAACCAUUGCCCAAUGCGGCGAGACGUUCAUCGAGUCCGAGCUCGGUCGACGAGCACCGGCGGGGUUCAGUCCGUGGAGAUGGAUGUACUGGCUGAAGCGACUGCACGAAAUCGGUCGUCUCGCUGAUGAGGCGUCCGAGAGCGGUCUAAAAGAGUGCGCGCAAGACGCGAUCGAGACCAUGUUGGGGCACGUGGAGGAGAGGAACUCGAAGAUUCUGCGAGUAUUCGAGGGAGUGGGCGAUAAGUCGAAGCAGGAUCCUGACCUGGUGGGUUUGAAGAACUUGAUGAAGGAGGAUGAGGGUGAUGCUUCUGAGUGA